UUUAUUUAAUCAUAUUUCUAUAUUACAAUAACUAAGAAUGUGUGUUUCAUGUAAUAGCUGCGAUCAACCACUCUCCAUCUCUCUGUGGAAUGACUUGACAGAAGCAAGGUACUUCGACGGAUUAAAAAACUGGGCAGAUUCGUUCCAAGUCAUAGGAUUUAGAGCACUCAAACCAUAUACUCGUCGUGGAUUUUCAAUGAACUCAAGUAUGUCUACUCGCAUAAUAUAUGAACCUAAGGGAGAACGCGCACGUGUACUGCAAGACUGGGUAAAACUCUUCCAUCAGAAAAUAGUUGACAGACAGGCAAUGUUAUUAGAUGUUAGAUACCCAUGUGAAAACAAAAAUAUAGUCUCAAUUGCUGAUCUGAAGCGAAGAAAUCCAAGCAACACCAUGCAAGAAGAGAUUCUUUGGAUUGAAGUGACUAUUCAAAAUGCUGACUUAGAGAAGGUGAACGCAUAUACAGGAUGUUCUAAUUGCUCAAAGCGCUCCAAUCUCCCAUUGCAGAAGCGUUUCUCGUGUUCUUCUUGUUCAAACAAAGAGAGUAUCUUCACAGAGAGAGCAACAUUUAAGUUCGAAGCUAGAGAUAACACAGGAAGUAUGGCAUUCACUACAUUCAACAAUGAUACAGAAAGACUAUUCAGAAAAACUGCUGCAGAAAUCUAUGCUAUAAAGGAAGAGGGUGAUUAUGACUCAUUCAAGACUAUUCAGAAUAUGCUUAGCAGCAUCCCAUUCUACAUUCAAGUAGGGCCAACUUUGCAUCUGGCUCAAAACAAUGUCCUAGAGUGGGCUCUCAAAUCUGUAGAGCUGAAAGAUGAUCCUAACACACAAGAGGUUACAGAUCAAACACAAGGAACAAAUGAAACACAAGUUCCUAAGAUCAUGACUGAGAUGCAAAGUUCUGAGCCAUUUAUUCCUACACCGAACCUGAAAAUCUCUUCAAUGAACCAUUUACAGCAAGAAACUUUUACUGAGGAGCCAGAAUCACCUCAGCAAACUUUUGAAAUGAACAAGCAAACAAAAUCUGCAGGGAAAAGGCCCAUGGAAACUAAAGCUGAGCAAGACACAUCACAGUUGCUGAGAUCACAACCUGCUGCAAAGAAAAAGCUUUGCUUUGGUGGAAUGUCUCCACAGAAGCGAACUAAAACUCAAGGCCACACCAAAUCUCUGGGAAGGGGUAAUGUUUAAGAUGCUGCUGAACUAACCGAAACUGAUCAGAAGCAAACCACACCUAUCACUGUGAAGACUGAAAAAAUCAAAAAACGCCUCAACUGAACCAGCCACUGAUGGUAAUAAGUACCUGAUGUAUAAAGCAUGUAUAUAGCAAAAUGAUCGAAUUUCCCUUAUCAGCUACCUAAAGAAGGCCAAGCAAUAUAUGUGGCAAGGUGAUCGACUAUCUAACAUCGGCUGCUUAAGGUGCAUUUCCUGCACACCUUUUGAAUAUUAAAUUUUUUGCUGCUCUCAAGUAUCUAGGCAGCCAUAGCUGUUUACUUUUGCUAUGUUAAAAACACAACUAUUCAGGUUUAUCUAGCAAAUGGCACAUUAGGUGCUUUAUGUUGUGUCUCUAGCAUCAUCUAAGGAUCAACUUUAAGUUUAUCCUUAUGGUUUUAUGUAUAUAGAAGAAGGAUGCUGUAGAAAGAUGUCUUUUGAGGGGUUUCCUAGAAACAAUGACUGUGGUUAUUGUUUCUAGCAAACACCAAGCUAAAACUUUGUCCUAUGUACUCCUAUUUAUAUAAAUAUAUA